AUGGACACAUUAAACAAACUGAAGCAGUUUGACGCUUAUCCUAAAACUCUGGAGGAUUUCCGGGUGAAGACGUGGGGAGGAGCGACCGUGACCAUCAUCAGCGGCGUCAUCAUGUUCGUCCUGUUCGUCUCUGAGCUGCAGUACUACCUGACCAAAGAGGUCCACCCGGAGCUCUACGUCGACACGUCGCGAGGAGACAAACUCAAGAUCAACAUCGACGUCAUUUUCCCUCACAUGCCCUGCGCCUAUCUCAGUAUCGACGCCAUGGACGUGGCCGGAGAGCAGCAGCUGGACGUCGAACACAACCUGUUCAAGCAGCGGCUGGAUAAAGAGCUGAACCCCGUCACCACCGAGGCAGAAAAACACGAACUGGGUCAGGCUGAAGAUGGGGAAGCAUUCGACCUGAGCACUCUGGACCCGAACCGAUGUGAGAGCUGUUACGGCGCCGAGACCGAAGACCUGAAGUGCUGCAACACCUGUGACGACGUGCGCGAGGCGUACCGGCGGCGCGGCUGGGCCUUUAAGAGCGCCGACACCAUCGAGCAGUGCAAACGCGAAGGCUUCACGCAGAAGAUGAUGGAGCAGAAGAACGAGGGCUGCCAGGUCUACGGCUUCCUGGAGGUCAACAAGGUGGCAGGAAAUUUCCACUUUGCACCAGGAAAGAGUUUCCAGCAGUCGCAUGUUCACGUGCACGCUGUGGAAAUUCAUGACCUGCAGAGUUUUGGUUUAGACAACAUCAACAUGACCCACCUGAUAAAGCACCUGUCGUUUGGUAAAGAUUACCCCGGCAUCGUAAAUCCGCUGGACGGAACCGACGUCUCGGCGCCACAAGCAUCGAUGAUGUACCAGUAUUUUGUGAAAAUUGUUCCAACCAUCUACGUCAAAACAGACGGAGAGGUGGUCAAAACGAAUCAGUUUUCCGUCACCAGGCACGAGAAAGUCGCCAACGGUUUAAUAGGAGAUCAGGGUCUGCCGGGCGUCUUUGUUCUCUACGAACUUUCACCCAUGAUGGUCAAAUUCACAGAAAAACACAGGUCGCUGACUCACUUCCUGACGGGCGUGUGCGCCAUCAUCGGCGGCGUGUUCACAGUGGCCGGUCUCAUCGACUCGCUCAUCUACCACUCGGCGCGCGCCAUCCAGAAGAAGAUAGAGCUGGGCAAGGCGUCCUAACGAUGGCGCCCCCCAGUGGCCGCACAGACCGAGAUGCUGAGCACCCAGAGGACAGAAACGGGCGGCGAGGCGGGGGGAGAAACUCGCCUCUUCUCCAUGAACUAGACCUGAAACGAACCGAGAGAGAAUCCAGGGCGGUGGAGCUGUUUGGACCUUCCUAUCCGCCGUUCGGAGACGGACGGGCCGCGGCGGCAGGGCGAUGGGAGGACGCCGCCACCAGGAGCAAGAAGCCGCUCCAUCGCUACGCUCAGCGUUUGGUAGGAGACCGAGGAGCAGCAGAGACCUUAGUUUACCCCGACGGACAUUUUUAAGCUCGGAUAAUUUAUUCCAUCUUCUCUGACUCGCGUCGUUCAGACUGUGGAGCGACUUUUAUUCCAUAUCUGAAAACAAAGUGAAUCCUCAGUGUUCAGAGGAAACGCAGCAGAUCUUCCUGCAGCUCCGCCAGGUAUUAACAAGAAGAAGAACAAGAAACUGCUCAUUUGCUCAUUAAACUACUAAAACAGCUGCUGCUUGUCACUCCUUGCUGCACUGCAAACACAUAAAAUCUAACCAAGUAUUUCUGGUCUGCAGUGCAAAUAUCUUCACUUGAAAUAAGAGAAAAUUAACCUACAAGUAACUUUGAACAAGGUAAAGGAGCUUCGGGUGAAUAAUUCAUUAAUACAUAUCAAUAUUAGUUCCACUGGCAGAUUAUUUCACUUGAAACAAAACAUUUUUCUCAUGUUAUAAAUGAAAUAAUCUGACAGGAACUUUUUGAUAGUUUUAUCUUAUUUCAAGUGAAUUGGAAACUAAACCGAAAAAAUAAAUUUAGUGUUUUGCAGUGCAGAACCUCCUUUGAUUUUCAACAAGAAGAAAUCGGAUUAGACUCUGGAGCUGGUUGGAUGCUGGUUGUCCAGGUAAACAUCCAUCUGUAUCCAACAGACAGGUUCUGCAGCUUCCUGUGGGUCAGACGCCGGGUCAGAUCCGGUACCGUCUGUAGUGGGAGGUUCUGAUCCGUUGGACCAGCUGAUCAUUACAGCUGGUUUCACAUGAUGUUGCUGCAAGUUGAUGAUUAGAACCUGGAUCAGAACUCCGAGCCUGGGUUCAGUCCAGUUUAACUUUAGAGGUUAUAAACGCAGGAAUUGGUCACUGAAUCAUCGCUUUGUUUUUCCUGGUGAUGUGUUAGAACCGGACCGGUUCCGGUCCAGUAUUCCCUCUGUCCCCGUCCUCUCGGAUCCAGACGAUGGUUCAGUUGUCGACGGUUUGCUGCUGCACCUUUAGAUCAGGGCUGUGUGAGAGAGAUGUAUUUAUAUUUCGAAUGUCCACAAAAUGUUUUUAAAGUGACAAAAUAAAUGUUGAAUUAAAGCA